UUCCGGAAAUCAAACAGAAGAAGAAGUAUAGCUUGUUGUCGCUGUGUAGUGACGUCGUCAGCCUGCGUGACCGAGAGCUGUGUGACAUGUUAGCAGCAGAAACGUGCUGGCAGACUUCAAGAUGAAUUUAGCGGCUUUGGUGAACAGCCUCCGAUGCUCUUUGCUGCGCAUCGAGAGCAGACUCCUGCAGGCGGCGGGAUUAGACCCUCAUCUGGCUCCAGCUCUGGCAGUCAGUGGUCCCAGCCUCCUGCCUCGGCUCCAGCCUCAGGAGGAGCAGGAGCAGGAGCAGUCCUCCGCUCUGCAGGACAGCAUCAUGUGGAUGGCAGUGCCCAAGAAGAGACGAAGCAUAGAGGUCAACCGCACCAGGAGGAGAUCUGACAGCAAGCUCCUGAAAGUGAAGACCAACAUCGAGCCGUGCCUAGAGUGUGGCCACUUGAAGCAGAAACACAUCCUGUGCGGCUUCUGUUACGCCAAGGUGUGCAGGGAGACCGGUCGGAUUCGCCAACAGAUUCAAGCGAUGGAAGGAGGCCCGCUGAGGGCGCCGACAAUGGAGACGGUGGUGCUGUAUGAGGGCGAGACACCAAGCCAGCGGGACCAAGACAAGAGGAUAGUGGAGAGGCCCAGGAAGAGGCCGGCCUGGUUCAGCUAAUGGUGUCCUUUUUGAUACAGUGAAUGGCACGUUUUGUCCAGGCUUUAAAUGAAUAACUAAUAUAAUUCAUCAGGGGAGAUGCAGUUUUAACUCAAUCUGUGAUGAUGCUUUAUCAUUAAUUUGCUGGUGGAAAAAAUCUAAAGAUUUGAUGUCCAAACAACAACAGUCUUUGGAGUUAAUGCUGCCAGACAUCGUUGUUCAUCUCGGUUUGAAUUGUUUGUCAGACUUGAUGCCAGUCUGAGAGAAAUUGACUGUAUAUUUGAAAGCGUGAUAAUAAAUCCAUUGUUUGACUUAA